AUGGAAAACCACAGUGCGCAUUCGAUAGAUAUAAAGUCAGAAGACUUUGUUGUUUUAAUAGCAUUGCAAAGCUUACAAACAUUUAUAGUAACUGGAUAUGCAGCUAUUGAUAGUAAAAAGUUAAUUUGGGAUUUUAAAUAUUUAUGGACAGUACUUCUUGGAACAAUAUUAUUUAUAUCUUCAUUAAUCAGUUUUGUUAUAAUUAGAACAUUUGUAUAUUCAAAAAAUAGUAUAGGAAAAUAUAUAUUAGAAUUAUUAUUCUUUUUUAGUAUAAUAAUUACUUGCAUAUUAUCAAUCAUAUUUGAUUCUUUUAAAAUCUCAAAUAUGCAAUUAUUAUUUUUUGCAUUUUCACUAACUGGAUAUUCUUAUUAUAAUUUAAUAACAUUAUUAUUUUUUAGUGUAUUAUCGGGUAUAUUAAUUCAAUACAACAUAGCUAUAAGUGGAUAUAUGCUAAAUGCUAAAUAUUUACUUUUCAGUGAUAUAAUCUCAUACACUUUACAAAUAAUAGGUGGGCAUGCAUUGUAUUUUCGUAUGUAUAAAUUAUGUAACUUGAUUGUUAUGUCAAAAAAAAACCCUUGUAAAUAUGUAGUAAUAUCAAAAGAAGUUAAAAAUUUAGAAGAACAAAUAUUUAAAAAAUUAAUUAAAUCAUAUAUUUGUAUUAAUUCAAAAACAUAUUCAGAUACUUCAAGCGUAAAUAAUAAUAGCAACAAUGAGCAUAAAUCCAUAAGAGAUGGUUUUCUUGAUCUCAAAUUUAAAUCUCUAAAUGUGCAUAGAGACAGUAAAUAUAUGAGAAAAUACAAAUUAUUAAACAGUGCAACUGAAUUCAAUCAUACUGAUAGUUUUUCAAAAUAUUAUAAUACAACACAUUCUAAAUUAUAUCAUAAUCCUAUAUCAAAAAACUCCAAUCUAUUUCCACUAAAAAAUUAUUCAAAUACAAAACAAUCAAAUAUAGAAAAUCAUGAAUUGGCAAUCCAAAUUAAAGAAUCUAGUACUGACGAAAAUUUAUCACAACAUAAAGAUAAACACUCAUUAGAAUCUUUGACAAACCAUCAUUCAGCCAUUAAUAUACCUGAUAAAAACACUCGAGUUGGAGUUCAUUUUUCCAAUUUUGCGAAAAAAAUAGCUAAAAAAUCUGAUCAUAGGCAACAUGAAUUAAUUGCCUCAAUUGGAAAAAGUAUCAAAAGAGAUGCAAAACAAACAAAAAGCAAAUUAAGACAUGAAAAUAUUAAGCAUAAUAAAGGUAAUAAAAAAAAUUCAAGUAAAGAAAUAUACAUAGGAAUAAGUUCUGAUAAUUCAUGCAACUCUAACUAUGACACACAAAAUGAAUAUGAAAAUACACAUCCCGCUAAGAAAAAAUACAAUCAAAUUAUUAACAAAAAUAAACCACAUAAUAUAUAUCCAUAUAAUGAAAAAGUGGUAUAUCAAGAUUCUGUUAAAGCUUGUACAAAGAUUCCCAUACAUGAAUAUAAAACAGAAAUGUCUAAAAAUAAAAUAAAUCAUAUUCAAAAUUAUAAUUGCAAUAUUUUAUCAUGCAUUUAUUAUGAACAAAACAGUACUAUGAAUAACAUUCACAUUGCGAAUAAAAAUGAAAAUAAUUAUAUUCAUAAAAAUUAUAAAAUAUAUGAUCAACCAAAUUCCACAAAUAAACCAAGUGAUAAUAAUAAUUAUGAUGAUAUAACGGCUACUGAACAUACUAUUAAUAUAUUAAAUGAUGGAUUUCCUGAAAAACCCGAAUUAAUAGUAAACGAGCAAAACUUAUCAAAAGAUGGCAUAUUCCAUUAUAAAACUAACAAAGGUAGUAUAUUGAGAUACAAAAAUAAAAAUUAUUUUAAUGAUGAUGAAUCAUAUAAAUUUAAAAAAUCUUUAGACGCUAAUAAUGAUGCCAAUUCAUAUAUAUAUCGAUCAAUUAGCUGCAACAUAAACAACUGUAACAAUAAUAAUAAUAAUAAAAUUACAAAAUUCACACACCCAUAUUGUAACAAAAAUAACGAGCUAAACUAUAUCAAUAAUCAUAGAUUUAAUUAUAAAUAUGAUAAAUCUAAAGCAUUAAAACAACAUCAAAUUAUGGAUAAAAUAAUAGAACUUGAUAUAUACAAUACUGAAGGUUAUGUAAAAACAUAUAAUAAAAAUGGAAUAUAUUCUAUUGCAAAAAAAAAAACAAAAAAAAUUUCAGCAAAAAACGGAAAAACAUAUACUACAAUAUUUCUUGAAAAUACAAAAAUUAAUUUACUAUUUAUAUAUAUUCCUAGAUUUUUUAAAACUAUUUUAGAUGUAUCAAAAAAAACCUUUCUCAACUUAAAAAAAAAAAAAAUAUUAAUGCAAAAUGCUAUAUGGAAAAAUAAAAUAUUUAUACCUGAAUCAAAUGCAGUUGGUUUAUUCAAAAAUCCAAACAUAGAACAAUGGUAUUUGUCAUGGAUGGAUGAAUUUAACAAAAAUAUUAUUAUCAGAACAUGCUAUAUGAAUAUAUAUUUAAUUAUAUAUAUUAUGUUAUUAGAUUUUAUUACAGCGUAUAAAUUAUAUAAUUCUAAUAUUAUACUUAACUCUUUAAAAAGACAUAAUUUUUUAAAAUACUAUAUCCCAAGAUCAAUUAUCAAUAUUUUCAUAUAUAUUUUUUACAUACUUUUUAUCUCUAAAAUGAAGAAAAGACAAUAUUGUAAUAUUAAAAAAUAUUACAAUUCGACAUUACUAUUAUGUCUAGCUAAAUUUAUUAUAACGUCUUUUGAUAUAUAUAUAUCCCUUACCUCUUUAAAAUAUUUUACAUCACCAUAUUAUAUAUAUAUGUAUAUACAUAUGCUAACUAUCCAAACUACUAUAUUGUUAAUAGUUAGAUAUCCUACACAAUAUUUUCUAUUCUUUAUAUAUAUUAUUAUGUUUAUCUCUUUAUAUUGCUCUUUUGCAAUUAUCAAAUCAUUUAUGGAAUUUAGCUUUAUUAUCACAUGCAUAUCAUUUAAUAUAAUAUAUUCAUAUGUAUUAUGCUCAAGAAUAAUUGAAACAAACCGAAGGAUAUUAUUCUCAAAAUACGAGUUACCAUAUAUAUUAUACCUGAAGGAAAUUGUGCAUUGUUUAAGUACUAGCCCUAGUUGGAAAUGUAACUAG